GUGUUUGUAUUCAUCCCACAGGACUGCCUAAGAACCGGUCGGACCACGUUUGGAGUCAAGUCACCUGAAUGAAGGAAACUAGUUUUACCGAAGCGAGACCGAGAGAGUUAAAUUGAAAGAAAAGGAGAGAGAGGGAGAAGAAAAAUCAAGCUACCAUUACACCUCCGGGUGCUAAGUCCACGCGGUGACUUGUCAACGUUUGAUAUGAGCAGUUGACACUUUCUCUUUUGUGAGUGUGACUUUUCAAACAUUUCACAAAGUUUUUUCUGUUUUGAGGAAAAGACAAGUUGAUACACCACCAGACUGGUGUCAGCUUGGUGUCCCACUUUGGAGGCAGGCUGUCCCGGGACGGGCACACACAUCUGUAAUAACACAUAGACUGUCACAGCGACACAGACACAAGCCCAGGGGAGGAGGACUGCGCGUGCCACCAUGCCCGUGCGACAGAAAGAUGCUCAGCGAGCCCUGGAGCUGCUCCAGCAGUACCGGACCAAGCUAGACCAGAGACAGCAGAACCAGAAUCGGACCAAACAAGGCCAGGUGGAGGAGGACCACCAGCUACAGCAGUCUCUGGACAGAGUCAUCAAUGUUUUCCAAAGUCAGCUCUUCAGCGCUCUGCUCGAUAUCCAGGAGUAUUAUGAAUUGACCAUCCUUGCAGACAGCAAAUGUUCUGUGGACCAGACAGACGAUCCAGGGAACCUCCCUGCCUCCCAUAGCCUGCCAGUACAACUCUCAGCCCAGCCAGAAGCCUCCUCUGGUCCCCUGAGCCCCCCGGUUUCUGGAGGACCAUCUCAGCCAAAACCACUAGUCCCCAAACCCAGGUCUAUCAAGUCCCCUGCCCCUCCAAUCCCAUCUGGAAUACCCCUGACAAAGUCAGCUUCCCCUACAACACAGUCUAAUUCACCUCAGUCACAGUCAGCCAAGGUCAAGUACCGUGCUCCUCUUCCUCCUGUCCAGUCCGACGCCUCUAAAUCUGCACUAGCUGAGACAUCAAAGCCCUCUUCUCCCUCUGCUGCUGCAGUGAAUGGUGUAGAAACCCCCACAGGCAUAAAAACACCACCUGCAGUAUCACUGAAUGGAACAAAACCACCUCUUACCGCCACCAACUCAGUUGUUUCUUUAGGAAGCUCCACCACCUCCACCAAUCCACAAAACCUUCCUGCCUCCCCUGACCUCAACCUGGUGACGGUCUCGGCCCUCGUCUCCAGCACGAUCCAGGGCCUUGUGCCACCAACCACUCCAGACAAACUCACCCCCACCAGCACCACUCCUGUCACAAGCCCAGGUCCUAACAGAGUUGCAGAUGCUGCAGUCAUCUCUAGAGCUCUGACGACCAGCAAGGACCCAGGAUUAGGCAAAGUCACUCCCAGCACGACUCCAACCAGCCCCAACCAGGGGAAAUUUACCUUCAGCAACCUCAGCCCCACAGGACCUUCAAGACCUCUGACUAAAGGACCUCAUCUGAGUCCAACCAGCCCUGGGCCAGUAAAAGUCACCUCCCCUAGUCCCAGCCAUGGUCCAGCCAGCCCCAGGCCAGCUACAAGCCCACUGACCCCCAACAAGGUAGAAUCUCCUGAGGUUCCCUUUGAUGACGAGGCGUGGCCUCACCCAGAGGGUGAGAGGCUGAACGAAGUUCCCACCCCGCCUUUCUCCUCCCUCUAUUCACAAAGCCACGCCUACUACCAGGCCAACCCCCCACCAGUGGUGGUCAACACAGACAGUGUCGACACCCCCCCAUAUGUCAAUGGAACAGAAGCAGACUAUGAGUAUGAGGAAAUCACGCUGGAGCGGGGUAACUCAGGCCUUGGGUUCAGUAUCGCAGGAGGGACUGAUAACCCCCACAUCGGAGAAGACCCCUCCAUCUUCAUCACUAAGAUUAUACCUGGAGGGGCCGCAGCUCAGAAUGGACGACUCAGGGUAAAUGACUGCAUAGUCCGGGUAAAUGAGACAGAUGUCAGGGAGGUGACCCACAGCGGGGCUGUGGAGGCACUGAAGGAAGCAGGAGGUCUGGUCAGACUGUGUAUACGACGCAGGAGGAGCCUCACUGAGAGAAUCAUGGAUAUCAAGCUGGUCAAAGGGCCAAAAGGUUUAGGAUUCAGUAUAGCAGGUGGAGUUGGAAACCAACACGUCCCCGGCGACAACAGCAUCUAUGUGACUAAAAUCAUUGAGGGAGGGGCUGCACACAAAGACGGACGGCUACAGAUAGGGGACAAACUUGUAGCUGUGAACGGCUCCUGUUUGGAGGAGGUAACUCACGAGGAGGCAGUGGCUGCCCUGAAGUCGACUCCUGAUGUUGUGUACCUCCGUGUAGCCAAGCACACCUCCCUUUUUAUCAACGACAACUUCCCUCCACCUGACGUCACUAAUUCGUACUCCCCACAUCAAGACAACCAUAUAAGCCCCUACAUGAGUGGCAGUCAGUCUGUAAGCCCUGCUCCAUUAACCACACCCAGAUACUCACCGCUGCCCAGGGCCAUGACCGGAGACGAUGACGUCCCCAGAGAACCCAGGCGGGUGGUGCUGCAGCGGGGGUCUACAGGUCUCGGUUUUAACAUUGUUGGAGGAGAGGAUGGGGAGGGAAUCUUCAUCUCCUUCAUUCUGGCUGGAGGUCCAGCUGAUCUCUGCGGGGAGCUACGAAAGGGAGACCGUAUCCUGUCGGUGAACGGUGUGGACUUGUCCAGUGCGACACAUGAGCAGGCAGCUGCAGCUCUGAAGAACGCAGGACAGACCGUUACCAUAGUAGCACAGUACAGACCAGAGGAGUACAGUCGUUUCGAGGCGAAGAUCCAUGACCUGAGGGAACAGAUGAUGACCAGCAGCGUCAGCUCCAGCUCCACGUCGCUCCGCUCCACACAGAAACGCACACUUUACGUCAGAGCUCUGUUCGACUACGAUGGAAGUGCGUCAGAUCUGAGCGCGCCCAACCAGGCCCUGCCGUUUCAUUUCGGGGAUAUCCUCCACGUGAGCAGCGCUAGCGAAGAGGAGUGGUGGCCCGCCCGUCACCUCAGCCCCCCGCCCCCAAACUGCCCCGAAGUCGGGGUCAUCCCUAGCCGCAGGAGGGCAGAGAAGAAGGAAAGGUCGAGGUUAAAGACGGUCAGAGUGUCAAGGUCUCAGGACAGAUCCGAUCAGGAUGAUAAAGAGCUGGUAACCUCUGGCACCAGCGAUAGUGAGAGUAGUUCCUCUGGCCAGGAGGAGACCUUCCUCACCUACCAACCUGUCAUGCAACAGGAAGUUAAUUACACACGGCCAGUCAUCGUGCUUGGACCAAUGAAAGAUCGGGUCAAUGAUGACCUCAUCUCUGAGUUCCCUGAUAAGUUUGGCUCCUGUGUCCCACACACAACACGGCCACGACGAGACUAUGAGGUGGACGGCAGAGAUUACCACUUCAUGUCCUCCAGAGAGCUCAUGGAGCAAGAGAUCCAGGAACAUAAAUUCAUCGAGGCCGGGCAGUAUAACAACCAUCUGUAUGGAACCAGCAUACAGUCUGUCAGAGAGGUCGCUGACAAGGGUAAACACUGUAUACUGGAUGUAUCAGGGAACGCGAUAAAGCGUCUCCAGAUGGCAGGCCUCCAUCCCAUCGCUAUCUUCAUUAGACCACGCAAUGUCGACAACAUCCUAGAGAUGAACAAGCGUUUCACUGAGGAGCAGGCGAGGAAGACCUACGACAGAGCUGUCAAACUGGAGCAGGAGUUCACAGAGUACUUUACUGCUAUAGUCCAGGGCUCAUCUCUAGAGGAAGUGUACUCGCAGGUGAAGCAGAUCAUUGAGGAGCAGUCUGGUCCUUACAUAUGGGUACCCACCAAGGAGCGACUCUGAAUAAACACACACAUGCUACAUGAUCACACACAGACACACAAAUACACACAUCACUCUUUCAAUACUUCCUACUUCUCUAAUUUUCUAUUAUCAGCCUGCUUCCUCUCUCUGUCUUUUUCUCUUAAACACACUAUCACUAUAGACACAUUUACGCAUUUACACAAGCACAUUUAGUCGGACGAGGCUGGGACUAUCUGGGACUGCUACUUCCUGAAGAGGGAGGAGCUAAUGUCUGUCCAGCAGCCUAUUGGUGGAUCUUCCUAUACGGCUCAGUUCCUUAAUGUUUAAGGAGGUGGUUCAAAUCAAGGCGACAUGUACCAUUAUCUGAUUUGAUUUCAUUAUUGUUGUUCUUAUUGUUGUUGUCGUUGUUGUUUUCAUAUUAACGAAGGGUAAUGCAUUCAUGUAUGGGUUUGUAAUGAUAAUAUUGUCACCAAGAGGCAGACUUUUGCACGCUGUAGCUUUAAGAGCAUGUUUUUGGGACAAAAUCUUGAUCUUCUUCCCCCGUCUGUCUGUCUGUCUUUUCCUCAUGGCAUCGCUCCUGUUUAGAGUUUCCUCUCUCUCUUUUUCUGUCUUUCUCUCAUAUCCUAUCCCUUGUUCCAUCCUCUCCUCCUCAGAUUGUCUACAGACUUUAGAUAUGAGGUGAAAACUUUAUAAUGUGCCCCAACACUUUGGUAUCAAGGGCCAAAAAUUAAACUGUAGUACAAUUACUGUUUAGAGAUGUAGCAAGAAAAUAUAUCAGAAGUGAUUUAGGAUUUCUAUGAGACAGUUGUUAAUAUUUCUUGUAACAGGCAGAAAUUCUCUAUCAGAACUUAAAUAGAAAACUAAAUUAGAUUGUAUUGAAAUAAAUAAAGUAUAGAGUAUUCUGUCAGCAGUUUGUUUUUGGAGAGCCAAAAAGAAACUGAGUACAUCAGCCUCAUAAUGGUGGAAGAGUCCAGCUGGAGCCCUGAGCCCAUGUUUAUCAACUCUGAGAAUUAAGUAAUCAAGUAAUUCUCUUUAAGUAAAGAAUAGGGCUUUUUGAGCAGCUCUUACAGAAACGCUCAGAGCAGGACCAGCCAAUCAGAGACAAGGAUUUACACCACACUUGCCUCAUUGUUGAGCCUUAUUAAAAUAGCAAAUAUUUCACUCAGUGAUAUGUUAUUCUGCAAAAACAUAUAUAUAAUUUUAUCUCCAGUGUCUCUAAGAGCAAAUUACAUGUGAAAGUAACAACAAUCCAGUUUAUUUAUUUCAUAUAAGUAUAAAAAUAUUUAUAAAUUGAAGGGAAAUUGGCUGUGAUGGAAACUAAGAGAAACCCAAACUGAAGCAGGGAAGAGAUUCUGCUGCUGGUAGAUGAUCUACGUCAUGAAAAAAGAAGUAAUAAGCAGAAUUUAAUACUACAAUGACAAGAGGAAAAUGAUCGAUUGCAGUUUUAUUCUUGUUAUUGGUCCCCCUGUCUGAUAAACGCCAGAAAAUAAGAAGAAAAAGUGGUGUAAAAUCAUAUUAAAUAUUCAAAUCAAAUGCAAAUAACUGGCUAAAACUGCCUCGCUCUGAAUUAAACAUAUUGCAUAUCCCUCCACAAAAAUGAUUGCUUUUAAGAGUACUUUAUGUCAAAGAAAGUUAGUUACUUUUUGAGGCUAGUGGAACUGAAGUGAAUGAUUGUUACUUUUUACUUUUAGCUGUUAUGGGCUCAGAUCCUCCAUUUCAGAAACUUUGGGUCUGUAUCACUCAAGUCCUCAUCCUACAAGUGUUUCUCUACCUUUCCGUCCUCCUCCUCCUCCUCCUCCUCCUCAUCUUCCUCUUUCUCUCUCUCACGCCUUCAUCUCUCUCCUCUCCACACUCAAAGUGUGACAUUAGUUGAGCAUUAAACUGUGUAUCAUCAUCUUCUUCAUCAACACUAUCAUCACGAUCAUAAUCAUCAGCGUCAUCGUUAGUAGCUUUCCUUCUUACUGUAGUUGCACUAAUGAGGGCUGGUUUCUUAAAAGCAUCUUAGAGUGACAGAGCUGAUUCUGGUAUUAAUGGAUACGUGAUACAAUCACUUUCCCUUCAGCUAAUUCACUGAUUUAUUGCGCAGGUCUGACAGUGCUGAAGAGGUCAGGGAACAUUUUUUUUGGUAAAAGGUUUUUGUAGUCAUCUCAUUUGCUGUAUGUCAUGCUGUUGUUGAGUAGUUAAAGACAUCAGGUGAUGAAAGCUACUGUCAGGCUGCUGUAUUAGCUCUGCCGGCAACUGUUGUUUUCAUGCUGGAUUUAUUUGAGCGAUCAAUCCCAGCACACAUAAAAGACACCUGAAACUAGUGCCAUCUGUGACCACAGCGCUGAUUAUUUUACUUCGUGAUGCCGUCAAAUAGCUCUCCCCACACAAACCUUAAGGGAAAAACUUUAAAUAUUAUUUUUUUUACCCAUUAUCCAGCAGAAAGAUAACAAUGUUUGCACAGGCCUAAAUGGCCAUUUAAUUCCGGUAUUUCCACAUACUGAAGCAACUAUUACUGUAGACCUAAAGGUGCCCUGUAGAGUUUUUUGAUCGCAACAUGCAAUUUCAGGAACAGUGUGUUUUUUGUUGUGAGGCACCAUUUCCCACAACUUUUACAGUACGAGUAGGGCAUUGAUGCGGCUCUGUCAGUCAUGUGAACAUCUUUUAGCUGUAGUGGUCUUUGCUGCUCAUAACAUAGGCUGAGGAGAAGCUAACUCACCUCGCAACAAGUCACAGAAUAUGCUAAUGCUUACUUGCAGUGAACACUCAAAAGAAAAAAAUCCUUGCUAUGUUGAAUGCAGUAAAACACAGGCCUGAGUUGAAACCUAGCUUGAAAAUGACUUUUUAUGCCUUUAACAUUUUCAGCACCGCAGCUGUUUUAUUGUCAGGCCAAUUUACAUGUAAUUUUAGUAGCCUGAAUAGUGUUAUAGAUCAUUGUUUUUACCUGCUUUGUUAGAAUAAUCGUGCCGUUGGUGUCACGCUAUUGCACCGAUCGACAGUUGGUGGCAGGAUCAGCAGUAAAUGUAAACAUCACUUUUGUUUGUUUACAUGAACAGGGCCUCUUACAUUCCAGUGAAGAGGAAAAGUUGAGUAUUACAGUCUGUGGAAAUCAGGCAACAUUUUAUCUUUCCAGGCAGAAAGUUGCUGGGUAACAGGUAAAAAAGAUGAUGAUUUUGCUUUUCCCUUAAAGCAGCUAUAAUGGAUGUUUUUUAUAACUAGAAGGACACCUCUGCCAAGGCCUUCACAGAAGUCAAAGUCAUAGUAAAUGAUCCAGAUCUGUCCAAUAAUUUAAGACAUGAGUGAAAACACAACCUCUUUGGCGGAGUUUAUAAUCGUGUGUCGAAUGACAAGUAAUGUGAAAAUGAUAUGACAGGUGCUUGUAGUGAUGAAUCUACAGAGAAUUAUCAUCUGAAUGUUCAGCUUGCCUUCGCUUUAUAGUGAGCUUCAGCUCAUUGUGUAGCUGUCUGCAACUUUGAUGUUUUGGUUCACUGUCAUUGCUCUUAUCAGCUGCUUUCAGCUAAAAAGCUCUAAAACCCACUGCUCACUACCUGCUCAGCACCAAACAGCAGACAGAUAGAGAUAGAGACUAGCUGGUGAACAUAGCGGAGCAUCAGAAGCUGGUGGAGACCAAAAACAGAGCUGAAAGAGUGAAGUAACAAAUGACGCUAAACUGAGACGAAUGACGCUAAUUUCUGUUGUCAAGUGUAACAUUCGAGAUACCAAGAUGCUUUUGGUGAGACAGCCCCCUGUAUGGACCUUGUCAGCCAACCACUUCCCAUCUCCACCCUCAACCCCCAAGGCGACUCCUCCAAGCUGACUGGAGACCAGAGACAUACAGAGAGACUGUUCUGUCGGCAGAGUAGCUCUUAGACCCAAAUAAUACAUAGCUUUGACCACAUGUGUUUUGAAAGCUUUAAUAUCUCCUCACAGAAUGUUCAGCUAAACUCAGUUUCUUUCCAUCUAUAAUCCUCUGUAUGAAUCGAGUAGAUCAGUGGUGUUUGUCAGCAGACAGAACCGGACUCUCUGUAUGACUCUGGCUGUGUGUUUUUAGCCAGGGGACCAUGCCACUGUCUGUUAGAGUAAAGCACUGAUGCAAAGAAUCUAUUACAGAGAUGGAUCUAUAUCUAACAUAUUAUAAUAUUUAUCCCUGCUCUAACUGCCUAUUUUGGUACAAAAAAAUAAAUAAAUGAAUAAAAGUCUUUAUUGAGAUUUACUGAAA